UAAUGAUUUAGUCUGUGGAAAGUGGAAAUGGCGUAACGAAGUGUAAAUUUGUUUUUACAUUUUGUAUAUACCUAGUUGUUUUAUUAGACGCAAAUCCUUAAGAUUUAGGCACCUUAUGUAGUAAUUUAAGUGUUUAUAUUAUUUUUCGUGUUUCGUUUACUUGUUAUUUAAGGCACAAAUAGCCUAAUUUUUGUUUGAGGCUUUGUUCACAUCUAUGAAUAAUAAUAAAAUUUGUGGUAACAUUUUUCGUCGACGAUUACAAUGAGUUUUAUAAAAAGUAUUGAAAAGAAGGUUAUGGAAGCGAGAAGUCAUUCUGUUCAAGGGCUCACCAGUAAGGUCACUAGCCCUGCGAUGAAAAUACCUUUACCUCCUCGUUUGUGGAUUACAGACGUAGAAGAUGAAUCGUCAGACGGUAUGGAUGGUAGUUUAAGAGACGAUGGGGUUGUUCCCGUAGAAAGGGUCCCGAGGGUUCGAUCUCGUUUCCGACAUUAUAAACAGCGAACAACUGUUACUAUUCCGAUCGGAAUCUUUUGGGACAUUGAGAACUGUCAGGUACCCCGGGGUUGUUCAGCUAUUGAUGUGGUUGCAGCGAUUCGAAAUAAGUUUCUAACAGGAAGACGUGAAGCAGAUUUUGUUGUUGUCUGUGAUGUAAAAAAGGAAGCUCCAAAUAGACUGCAGGAACUUAAUGAUGCUCAAGUAUGUAUAUUUUCUAUGUUUUAUAAAUUGAAUGCAGCGGAUGAAAAGUUGAGACAGUGCAUGAGGAGAUUUGGGGAGCUGCAUUCAGCUCCUGCUGCUUUAUUGUUAAUUUCAGGAGAUAUAAAUUUUGCUGCAGAUUUGAGUGAUUUUAGGCAUAGGAAAAAUAUGGAAGUGAUAUUGGUGCAUAAACAGAAUACGUCAUCUGCUUUGAUUGCUUGUGCUUCGUCUCAUUUUUCUUAUAAUGAUCUGACAGCAAAACUUCCGAGGAAACCUAAGGUGUGUCAAGCGGAGGAAGAAGAGCCAACCUGUAUAAUGGAAGUAGGGAAUCUACCGCUGGACCAGGCACCUGAACGUGUGUCCAGACGUCUUAGGAGGCUAGCCGACAAUUGUGGGGGGAAGGUGCUUCGUGUCACAGCUUCUACGGCUAAGUUGAAGUUUCCUACCCCUGAUCAUGCAUCUAGAGCGUUAAAACGUAUGGACGGCGAGGAUGUGUUCGGAAGAAAGAUAAGCACUCGGUAUGUGCGCAGUGCGUUCCAACCGACGUAUUCAAGUGAUGAGGGGUAUAGUACCGCGCCGACGCAACCGAGGGAGCAACCGCAAUUUGUGCAACCAGUGGCACAGCAUCUCUCGGCGGCGCCGGAGCGGCCCCGGAGCGUAUCGAGCGAGUGGGCGCUCGCGCUGCAACAGCUGCCGACGCCCACCCCGCCGCCUCUGGACUUCUGCCCGCCGCCCGCGCCGCGCCCGCGCAAGAUACGCGGCACGCACGGUUCGGUGAAUCUAGACCGGUCUGGCUGUUCAUCCAGCAACAGCGGUGAUGAUAGCCGUCGUGCCGGGUCGCCUUGGAACUCUUCUAGCUUCAGUGAGCAUAGUGAAGUUGAGGUGGACAGUGCCGAGCUCACUGUUUCCAACCUACCUCCGUACGAGCCAAAUAUCUUGCAGGAAAUGUUAACGAAGCUGUUCAAUCAGUACGUGCCCGUAGUCCGCGUGUCGAUCUGGGCGGCGGGCGAGGGUCCGCUGGCCAGCGUCGCCUUCCGCUCGGAGUGGGACGCGCGCCUCGCCAUCGCUAGAGUACACAAACGACGCCUCGACAACCAAUGGGCGGGCCGACGAUUAGAACUAUCCCUCGGCAGGCCCUCCCCUGCCCCUAACCUAGACAUACUGAGAAUACGCCUCCGAGCCAUCCUGCUCGACCAGAAGAACUACACCCUACCACUUCUCCGCCUGAGAGACGCUUACGCGAGUCGCCACUGUUGCGCCCUCACCACGUCCGAUAUAGCCAAAGUCAAAGAUACGGUUAUAAUACACGAAGGCUUCGGUCGAAUGGUCCAACUGGUAGAUCAUACUCCUGUAUCGACUUCGGAGACGGAGGAGGCGCCGUGGAAGUGUCACAUUCAUGCGGCUAUGAAUACGGGUCACGAGGACGGUAGUCGCAUUUUGCAGCCGGUUUUUAUGGAGAUAGCCGUUUUGGCUAAGAACACGCAGAUGUUGCUGGAAAGUCAUGGCGGGAUUUUGCCGUUACUUAGCUUUGUGGACUGCUACGAAGCAGUAUUUCCUCCGUUAGUGGCGGAUACCCGACGCGGUGUUGCGUUAGAGUUGCUUCUUCGCAGCAUCCCUAAUGUAGAAGUCAAGGAUAGUCCAUCGAGACAUCUCACAUGGCGUCUUACUCGAGCUGAUUCGCCGCCUUCUUUUAGCUACCUGAGUGAGACUUCCCGUUCGAGUGGCGAUCGUCCUCGCACCGCGCCCGCUCUCGAACCGAUGUUGGCGUUGUUCGAACGCGAGAUCAUUGACUUGCUACGGACUGCUCCACGUUGCUCUAUACCCUUCAGCAAACUCAUACCUGCUUUUCAUCAUCAUUUUGGUCGUCAGUGCCGUGUCGCUGACUAUGGAUUCACAAAACUUCCAGACUUACUUGCGGCGCUUGGCAACACUAUUGUGGUUUUAGGGUCCGGAUCAUACAGGGUGAUAACUAUAUCUGCGACAGCGCAAGGAAGACGUUGGACAUCAGAUCUCUUGAAACUAUUGAAAGCUCAACCCGGUCGAACGGUCAUGCUUCAAGAUAUACCAGCGCUAUAUCAAGCUACUAUUGGACGUCCUUUUUCAACAGUAGACUAUGGAGUUUGUACUAUCGAAGAACUCAUGGAAAGAGUGACACCGCAAAGUGUAAUAAUUGGUCCAGACGGAACCAUAUCUCUGCCCCGUCGGACUCCAACGCCGGAAGAACGCGCAAGGACAGUCCAAUUCGCAGUCCAAGCCGUCGAACUCCUCUGCUAUACGCCCAAUCUAAGAAUGGAGUUCUCUCGCUUUGUUCCGGCGUAUCAUGCACAUUUCGGGAGGCAGCUUCGCGUUGCUCAUUACGGUUGUGUCAAACUAGUGGAACUGUUUGAGUUGAUACCAGAAGCGGUGACUAUAUAUUGCGAACCAUCGGGUGAGAGGAGCGUGCGACUGACAAAUCGCGCUGCCAGGGCUGUGAUGGCGCAGAGAUUAAAGACUCUGGUUCCGGUACCGCUGUCGGCCCUCGCUUCUCGCUAUGCGGCGCAGUAUGGAGCACCCCCUCUACCUGAUAUCUUAGAUCAGAUGACGAUUGAAGGGCUAGUGUACGCCGCAGGCGGCUAUAUAGAGGGAGGGAUCGUGCAAAUAGCGGAAAAUACAUCGCGCUGGGCGAAUGAAGCGCUUGCUGCCUGUGCGGUUCUUUCUGCAGAUCGGAGCGUAGCUCGCGGUUCCACCGAGGAGUAUUUCGUUACCGCAUUCCGAAGCCACUGCGGCACCGACCCGGAUUUGAAAGGUUUAACCGCAUCCGGUGUUCUAGAAACGUCCGAGCGCCACGUUUGCCUGACCCCGACUUGGCGCACCGUGUGGCGCAUCGCACAGAUACUCUCGGAUCGCUCGGGAUCGCUUUCUGUUAUGGAAAUCUUCAUCGAGUAUUCGAAUCGCUACGGUUCGUCGUUUCCUAAUGCGGAGUUGUGUGUAGACGCGGUGGCUAUGUUCCUACGACAACACCGCGCGGUGUUCUCGGAGGAGCGCGAGGCGCGCUGGCGGCUGGCGGCGGGCGUGGCGCCCCCGCAGCACCGCGACCUGACUCCGGUCCUCUGCGCACAGGAGGACUACUCCGUGUACGACACGCCGCCGGGGCAGAAGGGAUCUCGCGUCUUCGAGUCGCCUAAUAUAAAUAUAUGGUGUUCACCUCCCGCGAGUGCACUGCCUACUCCUACGGCUUUGCUGGGUCAAGAUAAUAAACGUCGCACACGCUUAGCUGCUCAAUUUGAUGCAGCAUAAAAAUAUUCCCACCUAAAAAUCAUUCCACUAUAUGAAUAUAAAAGUGAAAAGGUAAUGCAUGUUAUGUGUUCGUAUCCGAAGCUGUCAACGCGGAACCGCAACGAAUUUUAUCUCAAGACAAAGUAAGUGUCCUAAUAAAUGUGAUGUCUAUAACAAUAAUGUUUUAGAUGGCGUAUA